GGCUCAUCUCAGUUACUGCUCUGAGUCAUUUGAAUUUGGUUUAGCAGAUAGGAACUAUCAAAUAUUUUGUAUAUGAGGGAAGGAUGUUUCUCUUGUAUUUGGGGAUUAUGUACUAGCUUUAUUUUAUUAAGGUCUUCCUGUAAGUUUAGAUGCUUAACUGCUGCUUUUUUUGUUGUGAGUAUUCACUAAGGCUCAUAAGAUUUGGCUUUUACCAAUACUGAUCCUUGGUGUUGUCCACCAGAUUUAAGGAUCACAGUACCACUAUGGACAGUGAGCCAAACUCCGGAACAUCUGUGUCAACAACAGCCAGCAGCACCACCACCACCACCAUCACCACUUCCUCCUCUCGGAUGCAGCAGCCACAGAUCUCUGUCUACAGUGGUUCAGACCGACAUGCUGUUCAGGUGAUUCAGCAGGCUCUGCAUCGCCCCCCCAGCUCCACGGCGCACUACCUGCAGCAGAUGUACGCGGCUCAGCAGCAGCACCUGAUGCUGCACACGGCUGCCCUCCAGCAGCAGCACCUCAGCAGCUCCCAGCUCCAGAGCCUUGCUGCUGUGCAGGCGAGUUUGUCCAGUGGAAGACCACCUACAUCCCCUACAGGAAGUGUCACGCAACAGUCAAGCAUGUCGCAGACAUCUAUCAACCUCUCCACAUCUCCUACGCCUGCUCAGCUGAUGAAUCGUUCGCAGGCUUCCAGUUCGACCAGCGGCAGUAUUACCCAACAGACCAUGCUACUGGGGAGCACCUCUCCCACCUUGACGGCCAGCCAAGCCCAAAUGUACCUCCGCGCUCAGAUGCUGAUUUUCACACCCGCUACCACUGUGGCUGCUGUACAGUCUGACAUUCCUGUUGUCUCGUCGUCAUCGUCAUCUUCCUGUCAGUCUGCAGCUACUCAGGUUCAGAAUUUAACAUUACGCAGCCAGAAGCUGGGUGUCCUAUCUAGCUCACAGAAUGGCCCACCAAAAAGCACUGGUCAGACUCAGUCAUUGACAAUUUGCCAUAAUAAAACAACAGUGACCAGUUCUAAAGUCAGCCAACGAGACCCUUCUCCAGAGAGCAAGAAGGGAGGAAGCCCAAGUCUGGAAUCUCGAAGCACAGCUGUCACUCGGACAUCAAGCAUUCACCAACUAAUAGCACCAGCUUCAUAUUCUCCAGUUCAGCCUCAUGCUCUAAUCAAACAUCAACAGAUUCCUCUGCACUCACCUCCUCCUAAGGUUUCCCACCAUCAGCUGGUACUACAACAGCAGCAGCAGCAGAUUCAGCCAAUCACCCUUCAGAGUCCAACUCAAGAUCCACCCCCUUCCCAGCACUGUAUCCCACUCCCAAACCAUGGCCUUUCUCCAGCUCCCAGUAGUGCCCAGUCACAGCAUUGCUCCCCAAUUCAGAGCCAUCCCCCUCCUUUAACUGUGUCUCCUAAUCAGGCACAGUCGGCACAGCAGUCUGUAGUGGUGUCUCCUCCUCCGCCUCACUCCCCUAGCCAGUCCCCUACUAUCAUUAUCCACCCACAGGCACUUAUCCAGCCUCACCCUCUUGUGUCUUCAGCUCUUCAGACAGGCCCAAGUUUGCAGCAGGCUGCUGCUGAUCAGGUACAGCCCACAGCACAGCUGGCUCUUCCACCCCAUCUUCCACUUCCAGCAUCCCCUGUGGUACAUAUUGGCCCCGUCCAGCAGUCGGCCUUGGUGUCCCCUGGUCAGCAGAUUGUCUCCCCAACAUCACACCAGCAAUACUCAACCCUACAGUCACCCCCAAUUCCAAUCGCAACCCCUCCACAGAUGUCAACGUCUCCUCCAGCUCAGAUCCCACCGCUGCCCUUGCAGUCUAUGCAGUCUUUACAAGUGCAGCCUGAAAUUCUAUCCCAGGGCCAGGUUUUGGUGCAGAAUGCUUUGGUGUCAGAAGAGGAGCUACCUGCCGCAGAAGCUUUGGUCCAGUUGCCAUUUCAGACUCUUCCUCCUCCACAGACUGUUGCGGUAAAUCUUCAAGUACAGCCGCCAGCACCUGUUGAUGCACCAGUGGUUUACCAGGUGGAAGAUGUGUGUGAGGAGGAGAUGCCGGAGGAGUCGGAUGAGUGUGCGGGGAUGGACAGAACACCACCACCACCCACUCUGUCUCCGGCAGCUAUAACUGUGGGGAGAGGAGAGGAUUUGACAUCUGAGCAUCCUUUGUUAGAGCAAGUGGAGCUGCCUGCUGUGGCUUCAGUCAGUGCUUCAGUGAUCAAGUCUCCUUCAGACCCCGCGCACGUGUCUGUGCCCCCGCCACCACUCCUAGUGCCUGCUGCCUCCACAAGGGGCAGUGCCACGUCUCUGGCCAGCAGCACCCCCAGCCUCGAGAACAAGCCGCCACAGGCUAUUGUGAAACCACAGAUCCUGACCCACGUUAUAGAAGGUUUCGUGAUUCAGGAGGGACUGGAGCCAUUCCCUGUGAGUCGUUCAUCUUUGCUGAUAGAGCAACCUGUGAAAAAGAGGCCUCUCUUGGACAGUCAGGUGGUAAAUUCCAUGUGUGUGCAGCCAGAGCUGCAGAACAACACGAAGCACGCGGAUAACUCGUCGGACACAGAGAUGGAAGACAUGAUGGCCGAAGAGACAUUAGAAGAAAUGGAUAAUGAGCUGCUCAAGUGUGAAUUCUGUGGGAAAAUGGGAUAUCCAAAUGAAUUUUUACGGUCAAAACGAUUCUGUACUAUGUCAUGUGCCAAAAGGUACAAUGUUAGCUGUUCUAAAAAAUUUGCACUUAGUCGUUGGAAUCGUAAGCCUGAUAAUCCAAGUCUUGGGCACCGGGGCCGUCGUCCAAGUGGCCCUGAAGGGGCAGCAAGGGAUCAUGUCCUUAGGCAGCUUCCAAUUACUUAUCCAUCUGCAGAAGAAGACGUGGCCUCCCAUGAAGACUCUGUGCCCUCUGCUAUGACAACGCGUCUGCGCAGGCAGAGUGAGCGGGAAAGAGAACGCGAGCUUCGAGAUGUGAGAAUCAGGAAAAUGCCUGAGAACAGUGACUUGCUCCCGGUUGCACAGAGUGAGCCCUCUAUAUGGACAGUGGACGAUGUCUGGGCCUUCAUCCAUUCUUUGCCUGGCUGCCAGGAUGUGGCAGAUGAGUUCAGGGCACAGGAGAUCGACGGGCAGGCCCUGCUCUUGCUGAAGGAAGACCAUCUCAUGAGUGCGAUGAACAUCAAGCUGGGCCCGGCCUUGAAGAUCUGCGCGCGCAUCAACUCUCUGAAGGACUUGUAACAGGAACCGAGGCUUUGAUGUGGCGUCAGUUUCCUUCCUCCUAGUAGGUGAAGGUAAAGCCUCCUCCUGCUGAGAACACUAGG